UUCUGGAUUUUUGUUAUUUUAUAGCAAAUUCUAUGCUCUAUCCAAAGAUAUCAUAAAUAACGCAAAAGGUCAUUCACUUGUGGACAAACACACCCUAUCAAAAUACAUGGUCCUAUUACUAAUUAAAUUCAAUAACCUUAAUUUUUUUUAAAAAUCAGAAUACGCCGAUGAUAUAUCCAAAAGUGAAUUUCUACGUGAAAUAGCUUUAAUGAAAACUUUGGGUUAUCACGAGAGAUUAGUGAAUAUGUUAGCCUGUGUAAUGCAAUCAGAACCCUAUUGUUUGGUUGUUGAAUAUUGCAGUGAUGGCGAUUUACUCCAUUUUCUCCGCAUUCGUUGUAAAUACAUGCUUGAAUUGGAUGAUGCCGGAAUUAAUUAUUCCGACCCCGAUUGUGGGACGGAAUUUGAUCAUUCUAUGAUUAUGACUGUAAAACAGUUGUUAAUGUUCUCUGUACAAAUUAGUUAUGGAUUGGAAUAUUUGACCCAAAAAGGUUUUGUACAUAGAGACGUUGCUGCUAGAAAUAUUCUUGUGCACGACAAAACACAUGCAAAAAUAGGGGAUUUUGGGCUUUGCCGGUUUAUUUAUGCGGAUAGUUCGAAUUAUAAGGGAAGAGGUGGAAGAUUGCCUAUCAAAUGGAUGUCCCCCGAGGCUAUUCGACAUUAUGAAUUUACUACUAGUUCUGACGUCUGGUCUUUUGGCAUUCUCAUGUUCGAAAUAAUCACUUUGGGAGGCACUCCAUACCCUGGAAUUCAGCCUGACGAUAUGCUCGCAUUUUUGGAGUCGGGCCGUCGUAUUGCUCAACCAGACAAUUGUCCGGAUGAAUACUACAAAGUAAUGUGUGCCUGUUGGACAGCAGAUCCAAGAAUGCGCUUAGACUUUGCUGCUAUAAGGCAACAAUUAGCCCUUCAAUUAGAAACCGUUAGCGAUGAAUAUUCUUAUUUAAAAUUGGAUGCUUCUAAAGACUAUUAUAAUGUUUCUUAUGGGGAAUUGAAAGAACAACAAGGAGGGGAAGAGGCUGAGAAAGAUGUGGAGGGGGUUGUAGAGGAAGGAGGAGUAGUAGAGGAGAUUAAUAAUAUAGAGGAGAUUGGCAAAAAUAGUGGGGGAGAAAAUAAAGGGGAGAAUAAGGAAGAGAAUGAAGAGGAUGAUAAUAGGAGAAGGAAGAAAAUUGAGGAAAAAGAUGAGGAGGAAAGAAGAAAUGGAAGAAUACCAAAAUAGAAUAAAAAUUAAAAUGAUAAAAACUUUUUUUUGACAGUAGAAUCUCUACAUAUCUAUCCUACCCCUUUAGACCUUUUUAAGCUAGAAUAACAAAGGAAUUGAGAUAUGUGGGAAUGUGGUCCAAAAUUAUAUCAUGUCUUAUCCAAUCUCUUGAGGAGCUAUCUAGAUAGUUAGGGAUAUUCGAAAGCUUAGGGAUAUCCGAAAGACUCUUCCUUAGCCUUCCUUAACUGAAAGCCCUCUUUAGGCACCUCUUCUACCAUGUAGUUAAUAAGGUCGACAUUUCCAGUCGGAGACAGGUUUUACAAAGACCGACGAGGUUGCAAGGUACUAAAUAGGGAUCUGGAUGAGACGGGAGCUCGAAAUGAGACGGGAGCUUUUUCAAGACCCCGAUUCUCUUAAGACACUCCCAGUCCGGUCUGUCUAUUAACCGUGCGGGGACUCAGGACGGGGCUCCUGAGGAGACUCUCCGUUCCCCUCAGGAAAUCUCUUCGUCGGGGACGUGGGUCAAACCCCUAGUUAGAAGUUUAAAUAUCCACAGGUGCGAUAAAUAGAGAUUCUUCCAUUGUUUUAUCCAAAUAUUACCUCAAACGGGUUUUCUUUUAAAUCACCAAAAAUUAAAAAUUAACAAACUAUAAAAAUCAAAAAAUACAAUAAAAUCACUAACUAAUCCCCCUACAAAAAUUUACUAAAAUUAAAAUUUUAAAGCUUAUUAAACAUUCUAAUUUUUCAUUAUUUUCUUUAAAAAAUAAUUUUUUAAACCCCUUUUUGUCACAAACUGAUAAGACGCAAAAUUGAUUUAAAUAAUUUCAAAAAAAUAUUAUUUUUGAUAAUAAAGACAAACAAAAGGCUUAUAAUUUCGUUUUUUGAGUGAAUUAAAAAUUAAAAAAAAACGUGGAAAUAAUGAGGCAAAAAAUGCUUCUUCCUUCACACUAUAACACUCAUCUUUAUAGUGUCCGUUUAAAAAUCGAAAAUUAAUCCGAUGCUGUUUUGAACCGGAGCUGCGAAAUGAGGCUCCGAAUCG